UUUUAUUCAGAAUUUCAUCUAUAAAUAGAAACUCGCUAGUAUCAGCUCCUAUCAUCUGUCAUUAUUCUCUCAAAUUACUUCAUUGCAUAGGAAAAGGAUAACUAUGGCAAAUCAAUCAUCUGAGCUAGCCAUUGAUCAACUCAAGAAGCUUCUCAGUGAGAAAGAGGAACUUAAUGAGGUGGCCACAUCAAAAAUUGAGGAGCUUAUAGUUGAGUUGCAGAAAUUGGGAUGUGAUCCACACCAAACUCCUGCUGAGAAGAGAAUCACUGAUGGCUUUGCUCAUUUCAAGCACACCAACUUUGACAAGAAUCCGGAAUUGUAUGAUCGACUUGCUAAGGGACAAUCCCCUAAGUUUAUGGUAUUUGCUUGCUCUGACUCUAGAGUGAGUCCUUCUGUUAUUCUGAACUUUCAACCUGGUGAAGCUUUCAUGGUCAGAAACAUUGCUAACUUGGUCCCUCCAUUUAAUCAGUUAAGAUAUAGUGGAGUUGGUGCAACAAUUGAGUAUGCUAUUACAGCUCUAAAGGUGCAAAACAUCUUGGUUAUUGGACAUAGUCACUGCGGCGGAAUUUCGAGGCUAAUGAGUCAUCCAAAGGAUGGUUCUGCUCCAUAUGACUUCAUAGAUGAUUGGGUGAAAAUAGGUUUUCCAGCCAAAGUGAAGGUCCUAAAAGAAUAUCCAACCCAUGAUUUCAAAGAACAAUGCAAAUUCUGUGAAUUGGAAUCAGUGAAACACUCACUAGUGAACCUGCACACAUACCCGUAUGUUGUUACAGGAAUAAAGAACAAGAAUUUGGCAUUGUUGGGAGGUUACUAUGAUUUUGUGAAAGGAGAAUUCAAGCUUUGGAAGUAUGAAUCUCAUGUAUGACUUGAUGACUAUCCAAAUUCUCAAUGAGGAUUCAAGCUCUGAAUUACUAUAAGCUUAUAGUAAUUCAAGUGACUGGUUAUGAUGUUUUAUGUGGUUUUAUAUCCUAUUUAAAUAAAUUGUAUGUCAAUUUUUAAGAUUCUACAAAUAAUAUAUUUAAGAAUUUCUAUGUUUCAGAAAGAGUAUGAAUGUUGCUCUCUUUUAUUUUUUACGUGUUGCAUUUGUAUUAAAGAUGUGUUUUUAUUUGGUUGUAA